GCUCGGACUUGGUGCGCUAGUCACAAUUGCUGCGAGCCUCCGCGGAUCGCUGGCGAAAAGGACCACCGUCUUCUCUGUUCGUCAUUGAUUGGCCUUUAGUGAGGACUGAGCCGCGACCCAUGAGUCACACAGAGGACACCCCCAUGGAUGCGCAGGUCACCAGCGAUGGAGCCUCGCACGAUGAGAUUUGGAAGCGCACGAGGGAAGCCUCGAGCAAAGGUGCUGCCGAAGAGAUUGAUGUACCGAGUGCUGGGCCCAUGAAAUCCCCGAACGAUGCCGCUGCCGUUCAAUCCACCAGCGACGCGCACACAAGCAACGUGCAGGACCGAUCUGCAACGAGAGCAAACAGGGCGAUACCUAGGCCAGCGCCUCUCUCCCAGCGCUCACGAACUGGCAGCACUCUCUCCAUCAACGACGACGACGAUCGAAGCACUCCGUCUACCCCAGCCCCUUUCGACAAGAACCCUCUAAUGGUAGAUGCAGAGGACGAGGAUGUGAAGAUCGCCAUCAUGGCUUUGGGUGCGAUGAAGCAUCUCGACGGCUCAGCAAGCAGCAGCGCAAGCGGUAGCGAAGGUCCAAGUCGACGAGAAUCGAGUGCUGACAAGCUUGGCAGCAGUGCGGAACGGGGCCCGGCAGGCCAACCUACUGAUGCCCAUCUGCGAGUGGCAUCCUUGCCCUCCACCUCUUCUGCCGCUUCCACCAUGCUCUCGUCGCCAAUGUCUACGCCUGGCUCUGAAAUGACCGGUUUGUCCAUGCCCUCAUCCGCCUCCUCGUCCAAGCGCACCGCUGGGUCCCAGUUCCCAGCGACUCCACGGACUCUGGGCGAUCUGCCUGCAGACUUUCCAUUCCCUGCUGUCGUCACUGAUGAGCAUGGAAAUGAGUUGACGGUCGAUCCAGAGAUGAUGAAGGAUGCCGAUUUCUUGCGCAGGGUCUCUCACCUACCUAUCGUCAGAGGUACCUUGCGAGCAUACGAGCUCAGCAAGCAAAGGAGCAGAGUUGUCAAGUACGGCGGCGACCUAGUCGAAAGCGGAGUCAAGGCCAUCGGAGGACCCGUCGUGAGUCGCUUGGGCGCUAGACUCGGUGAAAAGAAUGUCGAGCAGCUCGAUGCGUUUGCUUCAAGGCAGCUAGAGAGGCUAUAUCCAACUGGGGAAGACCCGGCCUCUCGCGAAGAGAAUCAGCAAAUUCUUGAAGAACUCGAUGAGCGCGAGCGCACAGAGUGGAAGGAUAUGGGUGCAGAGGAGAAGUCAAAGCGUCGCCGUGCUUAUUGGGCUUUGCGACUCGAAGAGCGAGAGCGAGAGAUGGUGGUCAACGAGCUACGGCAACGCAAGGGCAAGAGUCGUGCGCAGGACUCCGAAAGCAACGAGUCUGGGGAUCGCAAUGGGUGGGCCACAGGGUGUAAGUUGCUGCCGCUUUUCGAUGAGUCAGCUGAGCGCCUGACUCAAGCCGACCCUGAUCGCUUCGCAGCGGCCCCAGCGUCGCAGGCUAUCGUCGCGACACGCAGUUCUGACGGCUUUGAUGGACGAGGUCGUAGUGAUUCGGACACACGAGCCAUCGGACCCUCCGCAUCUACCAGUGGCAGUGGCUGGGGCUCGAUGCUGGUCGAAGCCGGCGUCACAGCGGGUGGUCUCAGUGCCGCCGUCAGCGAGGAGAGCAUGAAGAGUCUGAAAUAUUGUCUUCAAUGGCUGCAGUACGCCACUGCGCAUAUCGAGCAUCAAAUCACGAUCCUUCGCGACCUCAUCGUCAAGCUCAACCACGGUGAACUAGAACUGUCCAAUGCAGCUCUACAAAGCCUUGGGCUAAUCAAGGGCGACGUCGUUGGAACCAUCCGCGGUGUUGUCGACGUUGUCGGCAAAUAUGCCGGAGGUGCGCUUCCUGAGCCCGCAAGACGGUCCGUAAAGGCCUUUAUUCUUAGCCUGCCAGCGCGAUGGGCGACUGUCAAUCGCGUUGGUGGACCUGUAGCAGUAGGCAAUGGUGCGAUGGGGUCACCUACUGGCGGAUCAUUUGGUGGUUCGCCUGCGUCUCCAUCCUUUUCUGCUGCCCACAUCAGCGGAGGCGACGCUGCCAUGCAACACCAGCUGAGAACUACAAGCCCACACCGUGCCACCCAGGCUGCGGCUGCCAGACAACAGCAACAAAUGCAGCAAGUCGCUACGCAGCAAGCAGCCAAUCGAAUCUUGACACUGGCAGUCGAGAGCUUGGAUGUCCUUCGCAGCGUCACCAUCAUCUUUGGCGAGUCAUUGGAUCGAGCUGAUCUCUGGGUAGAGAGGCUCAGAGUGCUCGGUCUACAGAGAAAACGUGCUCACGAGCAUGCGCUCGCCGAAGAGGCUGCUGCUCGUAUCGACGUUGGCAUGGGCGGCGCCCUCACGAGUGGUCGACACGCUGAUUGGGAGAGUGCACGAGGCAUGUCUGGGCUGCGUGGAGCUAGUCCUGGCGCGGACAGCGUGGCGUCGAUGACCACUUCCGCUUCAGGCUCAAAGCGCAGAAGAACGCGAGGCGACCCGACUUCGACGAAGAGCCCCAGCCCAUCCAUGCGGGGCGCCAGCGACGAUGAGGGUCAGCGAACAGAGACGGAUAGCAGAUCUGCCCGGGAAGGCGCAAUGCGGAAUCGCAGCAGGAGCAGAAGCAGAAGUGGUGCGGCCGCCACAUUGCCCGCUUUUACGCCUGGAGCUUCUGGAGCUUCUUCUAGCGCUAUCGCCUCACCCAACCACCAUUCUUCAGGCGCUCAUUCAGCGAGUCAGCGAAGAAAGAGAGGCAGCGCAAGACACUACUCGGCCAGAACCCCUUCGGCCAACAACACGCCGGCUUUCGCUUUCAAGGAACUCGAUUUGCACGGCGGCGGCGCUGCUAAGAGGGGAUGAGCUAAAAGUGUCGCGCUUGUCAAUGGGAUCUUCGCACCUUUUUGGACAUUCUCGAGCCCCCACGGAUACAGCUCGCAAUUCCGAAGCUGCCCGAUCAACCUGCUCUCGGCCCCU